GGGCUGGUCAAUCCCAGCCUCCCCCCACCACCCCACAGCCAAAGCGGGGUCCCCACCCCGACCCCCCCGGGGCCGGCAGCGCUCUCACCCUCCCGCUCCCCGCAGGGCGGCUACUUCCCGGAGCACGUGAAGGCGAUGAGCAGCCUGCGCUGGCUGAAGCUGAACCGCACGGGGCUCUGCUACCUGCCCGAGGAGCUCGCCGCCCUCCAGAAGCUGGAGCAUCUGUCCGUGAGCCACAACAACCUCACCACGCUCCACGGCGAGCUCUCCGGCCUGCCCUGCCUCCGGGCCAUCGUGGCUCGUGCGAACAGCCUGAAGAACUCGGGCGUCCCCGAUGACAUCUUCCAGCUGGAUGACCUCUCGGUGCUGGACCUGAGCUACAACCAGCUGACGGAGUGCCCCCGGGAGCUGGAGAACGCCAAGAACAUGCUGGUCCUCAACCUCGGCCACAACAGCAUCGAGGCCAUCCCCAACCAGCUCUUCAUCAACCUCACGGACCUGCUCUACCUCGACCUGAGCAACAACAAGCUGGAGAGCCUCCCGCCGCAGAUGCGACGCCUGGUGCACCUCCAGACCCUCAUCCUCAACGACAACCCGCUCCUGCACGCGCAGCUCCGGCAGCUCCCGGCGCUGACGGCCCUGCAGACCCUGCACCUGAGGAACACGCAGCGCACGCAGAGCAACCUGCCCACCAGCCUCGAGGGCCUGGCCAACCUGGCAGAUGUGGACCUGUCCUGCAACGACCUGAGCCGCGUCCCCGAGUGCCUCUACACCCUGGGCAGCCUGCGGCGCCUCAACCUGAGCAGCAACCAGAUCACGGAGCUGUCCCUCUGCAUCGACCAGUGGGCCCAGCUGGAGACCCUCAACCUGUCCCGCAACCAGCUCACCUCCCUGCCCUCUGCCAUCUGCAAGCUGACCAAGCUGAAGAAGCUCUACCUGAAUUCCAACAAGCUCGACUUCGACGGGAUCCCCUCGGGCAUCGGCAAGCUUGCCAGCCUGGAGGAGUUCAUGGCGGCCAACAACAACCUGGAGCUCAUCCCCGAGAGCCUCUGCAGGUGCACGAAGCUGAGGAAGCUGGUGCUGAACAAGAACCGCCUGGUGACGCUGCCGGAGGCCAUCCACUUCCUGACGGACGUGGAGGUCCUGGACGUGCGCGAGAACCCCAACCUGGUGAUGCCCCCGAAGCCGGCGGACCGUGCAGCGGAGUGGUACAACAUCGACUUCUCCCUGCAGAACCAGCUCCGCCUGGCCGGGGCUUCCCCAGCCACCGUCGCGGCCGCCGCCGCAGGGAGCGGCACCAAGGACCCCCUGGCCCGCAAGAUGCGGCUGCGGCGGCGCAAGGACUCUGCCCAGGACGACCAAGCCAAGCAGGUGCUGAAGGGGAUGUCGGACGUGGCGCAGGAGAAGAACAAGAAGAUAGAGGAGAGCGGGGAGGCGAAGGCGCCGGACCUGAAGGCGCGCCGCUGGGACCAGGGCCUGGAGAAGCCCCAGCUGGACUACUCGGAGUUCUUCAGCGAGGACGUGGGGCAGCUGCCCGGCCUCUGCGUCUGGCAGAUCGAGAACUUCGUGCCCACACUGGUGGACGAGGCUUUCCACGGCAAGUUCUACGAGGCCGACUGCUACAUCGUGCUCAAGACCUUCCUGGAUGAGAACGGCUCCCUCAGCUGGGAGAUCUACUACUGGAUCGGGCAGGAGGCCACGCUGGACAAGAAGGCCUGCUCCGCCAUCCACGCCGUCAACCUGCGCAACUACCUGGGGGCCGAGUGCCGCAGCAUCCGGGAGGAGAUGGGUGACGAGAGCGACGAGUUCCUCCAGGUCUUCGACAACGACAUCUCCUACAUCGAGGGCGGCACGGCCAGCGGCUUCUUUACAGUUGAGGACACGCAGUACGUCACCAGGUACCCCUGGGGAU